UGAAGUAACUGCUGCUGUGCUGGUGUGAGAGCGCAAAUUUCUGAAAAGCAGAGAGUAUUCGGGGAGUGAAAUCACAUCCAGAAUGAGGCAGUAUGUUCAAGUUCCAACUAUAGAGCAAGAAAAGGCCUAUGAUUAUAAUUCUGCUUUUGAACCAAGACCAUGCAUGUGUUUGGGAGUGUGCUGUUGCUGUGCUGCUUUGCGACCUCGCUACAAGCGUCUGGUAGAUAACAUAUUUCCUGAAGAUCCAAAAGAUGGUCUUGUUAAAGCUGAUAUGGAGAAGCUGACUUUCUAUGCAGUUUCUGCACCAGAAAAGCUGGAUCGAAUCGGUGCUUACCUGGCAGAGAGACUGAGCAGAGAUGUUGUCAGACAUCGCUAUGGAUAUGUUUUAAUUGCCAUGGAGGCAUUGGACCAACUUCUAAUGGCUUGCCAUUCUCAAAGUAUAAAACCAUUUGUGGAAAGUUUCCUUCAUAUGGUGGCCAAGCUACUGGAAUCAGGCGAACCAAAGCUGCAAGUUCUUGGAACUAAUUCUUUUGUCAAAUUUGCCAACAUAGAAGAAGACACACCAUCAUAUCACAGACGCUAUGACUUCUUUGUGUCUCGAUUCAGUGCCAUGUGCCAUUCAUGUGACCACGAUCCAGAAAUACAGACUGAGAUCCGAAUUGCUGGAAUCAGGGGCAUUCAGGGAGUGGUGCGAAAAACGGUUAAUGAUGAACUUCGAGCAACUAUAUGGGAACCUCAGCACAUGGACAAGAUAGUACCAUCUUUGCUGUUUAAUAUGCAAAAAAUUGAUGAUAUUGACAGCAGAAUAGGCCCUCCAUCCUCUCCUACAGGAGGAGAGAAAGAAGAAAAUCCUGCUCUGCUGGCUGAGAAUUGUUUCAGGGAACUCUUAGGGCGAGCAACCUAUGGAAAUAUGAAUAAUGCUGUCAGACCAGUGUUCGCGCAUUUAGACCAUCACAGGCUUUGGGAUCCCAAUGAAUUUGCUGUUUCCUGCUUCAAAAUCAUCAUGUAUUCUAUACAGGCACAAUACUCCCAUCAUGUAAUACAAGAAAUUCUUGGACACCUUGAUGUUCGCAAAAGGGACUCACCACGCGUUCGUGCUGGCAUUAUUCAGGUUCUUUUGGAAGCAGUUGCAAUAGCAGCUAAAGGAUCAAUAGGCCCAACAGUUCUGGAGGUUUUUAAUACCUUGUUGAAGCACUUGCGCAUCAGUGUUGACUUUGAGCUGAGUGAUAGGCGCAGCUCAGCAGGAAGUGCCACUUUCAGCACAAGCUCCAAGGAGAGUGAUGAGAGGAUUGUCCAGAAUGCUAUUAUUCAAACAAUUGGAUUUUUUGGCAGCAAUCUUCCAGAUUACCAGAGAUCAGAGAUUAUGAUGUUCAUUAUGGGAAAAGUGCCUGUUUUGGGGACAACUUCACAAUCAUUGGAUACCAGUCACCUUGGUGAUAUGGGAACUAGGAGGAUUCAAAUCAUGUUGCUGAGAUCUUUGCUUAUGGUGACUUCGGGAUACAAAGCAACAACAAUAUCUAAUGCACUUCCUCCACCAUUUCUGGACCCAUUAUUGUCUCCUUCACUCAUGGAAGACUCUGAGCUAAGGCAGCUGGUCUUAGAAAUACUCCAUAAUCUCAUUGACCGGCAUGACAACAGAGCCAAGCUCCGAGGGAUACGAAUAAUACCAGAUGUUUCUGAUCUAAAGAUAAAACGAGACAAAAUUUCAAGGCAAGAUGUGAGCUUCAUGAAAAAGCAUGGUCAGCAGUUGUACAGGCACAUCUACUUAGGCUGUAAAGAAGAAGACAAUGUCCAAAAAAACUUUGAACUACUGUUUACAUCUCUAGCUCUUACCACAAUUGAACUAGCCAAUGAAGAAGUGGUUAUUGACCUCAUUCGAUUAGCUGUUGCUCUGCAGGACGUCGCCAUCAUCAAUGAGGACAAUCUGCCAAUGUUUAACCGUUGUGGUGUCAUGGCAUUGGUGGCAGCCUAUCUAAACUUUCUGAGUCAGAUGAUUGCAGUUCCUGCCUUUUGUCAGCAUGUCAGCAAGGUGAUUGAAACUAGAAGUCUGGAAGCAUCUUAUUUUUUACCAGAAACAAUUUUUAAAGACAAAUGCAAUCUUCCAAAAUCCCUAGAGAAGCAUGAAAAAGAUUUAUUUUUCCUGACGAACAAGAUUGCAGAAUCAUUAGGAGGCAGUGGAUACAGUGUGGAAAGACUGUCAGUUCCAUAUGUACCCCAGGUAACAGAUGAGGACAGACUCUCCAGGAGGAAGAGCGUUGUGGACACAAUCUCUCUUCAGGUGGAUAUUCUGCCUGGCAACGGCACAGAGGACAAGGUUGAUAAUACUGAAGAAAUCACUUUUGAAGCUUUGAAGAAAGCAAUCGAUAACAAUGGGCUUGAAGAGCAGGAGAAAGAAAAAAGACGUCUUGUGAUUGAAAAGUUCCAGAAAGCACCAUUUGAAGAAAUUGCAGCACAGUGUGAAACCAAAGCAAACUUGCUCCAUGAUAGACUUGCACAGAUACUGGAACUCACCAUUCGUCCUCCACCUAGCCCCUCAGGAACGAUGACCAUUACUGCUGGACAUGCUCAUUACCAGUCUGUUCCAGUCUACGAGAUGAAGUUUCCAGAUCUUUGUGUGUAUUAAGUGUCUUCUGAAGUCUGAUGGACAUUAUUUAGAGUAGAGUACAAUAGACAGAAAAAGAUGAGUUUUCAAUUUUACUAUUUCAUCUAAAAUAAUUUGAUAAUGAUGGACAUAAGCCAAAUACAGAUUACUCUAGCCAAACUCAUGACAAUGUCUUGAGUUGUCCUGUAACAUAUUUGAAGUCAGGUUUCUCGUAUGUCACGUUUCCUCAUUUUCACAUUUCAGUACAUGUAAAAGUCACAUUUAAAACUUGUCUUGCCAUAUUGGUGAAUAUUUCAGUUACUCUCAGAAUUUGUAUUUCUGUAAGUUCCUUUCAAUUUGAGGCAUUGUAACUGAAGAACCUGUUAAAGCCUUUUUUUCUUUUCUUUUUGUUUUGUUUUCCUCUCCAUCUCAAUUACAAGUGUAAAUAGAAUGCUUUUGACUUGCUUCAUCUCAUUAAAUGUAACCAGUGGAGCACUGCUUCAGCUCCUUUUUGUUCAUGCUAUCAUAACUGAUCAACAUCCUUGUUUUGGAACAUAGGAAAAAACAGUGUCUUACAUGUGUUCAAGUACAGUAAAUUAAUAAAUGG